AUGAUCGAAGACGACAUCUACCGCACAUCCUCCCAAUUCCGAUUGUGGUCCUAUACAGAGAGCUCUCUGAAGUCUCUCCGCACAAAAACCAACCAUAUAGCAAGUGAGCGAGUACGUGCCGCGCUGCGUCGAGCUCGCGAACGCCAUGCCUCCAGCACACCCUCCGCGACAGGAACACCACAGACGGGAAGCGACGUGGAAGAGAAAGAUAUUGAAUGCUUGACACCCGAGGAGGAGCUUGUACUGGUUCGAUACUACUGUGAAAAGACGGUAGAGCUGGGUGAGACGUACAGGCCACCGCUUCCUACGAAUGUUCGAGUAAGUCUACCUACAACUGGUUUCACUCAAAGACUCGAACCCUUCUUCUUGCGAGGACAGCCAAAGCUCACAUCUAUCACUUACCAGGCCACUGCAAUCCAAUACCUCCGCCGCUUCUACCUCACAAACUCCCCAAUGACCUACCACCCCAAAUCCAUCAUGGCCUGUGCUCUCUUCCUCGCAACAAAGACAGACAACUACUACAUGUCCCUCCGGCAAUUCGCCGAAGGCAUCCCCGGCGACACAACAGCCGACGAUGUCAUCGCCCCGGAAUUCCUUCUCAUGCAAGGCCUCCGCUUCACAUUCGACGUGCGCCAUCCCUUCCGUAGCCUCGAAGGUGGCGUCAUGGAACUCUCCGCCAUCGCCCAAGGCCAGGCUAAGCCAGCACCCCAUCUACCACACCAUACCCCCGAAAGUCUCAAACAAGGACUGCUUUCCAUCGCGCCACCGCCCGUGCCUAGCACAUCCAUUACAGACCGCAUCGGCCGUGCACACGGCGCCACGCGAGAACUGCUAAAGUCCGCCGCACAAAUGACAGACGCAUACUUCCUGUAUACCCCCUCGCAGAUCUGGCUAGCAGCCCUCCUCCUCGCCGACAGACCGCUCGCCGAGUUCUACCUCGACACAAAACUAGGCGGUCCAAUUGACCCGACCGCCAUGGAGACCGAACCCUCCAACCUCCAGAACCCGCUCUACGACCUCCGCACGAAACUGCUCCAAGUACUCACAGAUUGUGGUGCGCUUCUGCAGUCGUACACGCCUCUCUCAUCGGACCCGGAUCAGAUGAAGAUUCUGAAGCGCAUUGCGAAGAAGUUGUAUCAUUGCCAGAAUCCGGAGAAGGUCAAUUUGAAGCGUGAUUCUGCGGUGCCGCGGUCGACGCCUGCUAUUGAUGCGGGGGCGGUUACGUCGGAGAGUGAGACGGAGCGGUUGGCGAAGAAGCGGAAAUUGGAGAUGGAGCAGAAGCAGCGGGGCGCGCAUGAUAUGUUUGGACCGGAGUUGGUGCUGGAUCGGACGAGGCAUUGA